UCUCUUAGCAACUUAAUAUCUCAAACCAACUCAGCUAAGGGUAUUUAAAACAAGUAUCUGAUAGCUUCUAAGUUAAUUGCCUCGGGAACUAGGGAUUGAUUUGUGUCGAAGAAACUAAUGGUAAAUUUGCUCACAGUUGCAAAACCAUUUUUAUCUUGCAGCCUUUAAGUUAACCUUUUCUCUCCGUAGCAAUUAUUCGCACCCUAAGUGUCAUCGGCAACACCACUUUUAACCAAUGAAAGCAAGCGAUUAUCACUAAGAAAACAAACAAAAUCAAUCGUAUGUAUGAGGGACCGAUUUUAUCAAGGAUCGAGUACAUCGACCAAAGAUUAUAAUUUAACCUACAGACAAAUGACUUGCGUCAAAAGCAAAACCCGAACCUUGUCAACGUUUUCAUUUUCCACCUUAAAAUAUAUUAACAGAGGCUGCAAACUGGAGAAGAAAUUAGACAAGAGGAUGCACUGCUCAAAAGCAUCCAACCUAUUUCACUUUGUGGCCGCGGCUUUACCCAAAUUCACUUUAUGUAUUAUGGUAUAGCCCACUGUACAUCGUUCUCAGUGACCAGAAUGCACGAGCUCCAAAGAUUACAGUGCUCGUCAUUUUAAACGAAGAAAGAGAAUUUAUUCAAACAAUUUGAGGUCAUCGAAAGCCGAGAGGAGAUCCUCUCGAAACAGCCAUUUUGACAUUUUUCUUCGAAGGGAUGGAAUAAUUUUAUUCAAUGGAAAAGACCAGUCAGUAUAUAUUCAAUAUUCAAAUGGGACUUGACCUGAUCCUCACAAAUACCAACUUGUUCAAGUGCUAAAUUUUUACCCAAUGAAUAAUUUAUGUCAGUGACUCGAAUACAAGAGACGCUUGCUUUGGUUACGAAAAUGGCAUGAAAUGUUUUCUAAACUAGGACUGUUUGUAUUAACUCUAAAACUAUUCAACACAGUCGCAGCUUCUGGAAGAAUUGAGGAAGUAAAUAGUCCGAAGGGGAAAAGCCGCGCAGAUGCAUCGGAGAGACGGCAAUUUAUAUUGCACAUGCCGUCACCUUGGCAUUAUCGCGCAAUGGUAGAGGCUGGGACCGACGAAUGCAAUGUGAACAAAGAUUGUCCAGCCGGGAAGUUUUGUGACGUUCAUACAUGCAGGGCAUGUCUGCACGAAAGAGCAGCCUGUCAUUUCAUUGGAACCUGCUGUGAGGGAUACGCUUGUCAAUAUGGCCAAUGCACCAAGGGCGUACAGCAAGGGGAGCCUGGUACGUAUUGCGACAGGACUUCGGAUUGUCUCGGCAAAGAAUCGUGCUGUAUUCGGGAGAUUUCCGUCAAUCCACACACGUCCAUGUGCAAGCCAAUGCUAGAUGAGUUUGAGUCGUGUGGCCCAAUCAAUUUGUUCCACCAUGUAUACACAGGUGGUAUGGUGGAACCAGAUUGCGGACCUUGUAAAGUUGGACUCCAAUGUAAGAAUGUUGGAACUAAUGGCCUUCACUUUAUUUGCCUCAAAGAGGGCGAGGAAUAGCGCAGAUCAGAUCUUUUUUUCAACUAAUCCUAUAAACUGCCACGUUAGUCUCGUGAAAGAAAUUCUUGGCCCACACGACGGACGGCGAAACUCGGUUGAAUUGUUGCCGGAUGUCUCAUAAUGGAGUUAUAUAAUGUGUAAAUAAACUAAUCAACACUGAUAAACUUCCAGUAUCUCAAAAUAAAUUCUUCCUUCUCACUACUACACAAUUACUCAUACAAUAUUUUGAAAAAUUUGGUUUUAUGUUUAGAAGAGCCCGAGAUUAAAAAACACACCCAAAAUUGAUAGAGGCCUUUUCACAUCUCCUGUUUGCUCAUAUCGUUACGGGAAGUUAUUUAAGAAUCUCCCCCAGGGGAUGGGCUUGGAAUUACAGGAAAGGUACUUGUACUAAGCACUUCCAGUUAACAAGAAUGGAACUACCCGUCGAUAAAUUGGUCAAUCCUGAAAUGACAACCUUGCUGUUUAACUACAGCAAUAUCCAGACCUCUGAAAGUCCAUUAAUCAGUUAAGUAAGACCUGGUUACCAAAAUGCUGCGGUCUUUAAUGAACUAGGACUUAAUGUAGAAUCCCAAAGAUGCCUGUGCAUGUAAUUUAAGUGUAAAAUUAACGGAAAAAAGCUGAAUUUGCACAGCACUCUUCAACACAUCUCCCUUUAAGUUGAAAACAAAUAAGCCAAUUUAAGUCUUUUAUUCAAGCCUCACACAGUAGAGUUUAUUUCUGGUAGUUCGUUUGUACGCUUUCUUUGUUUGUAUAGUCCCGGAAAAGGUAAUCGAAAGAGAAGUAAAGAGACACACAACUCUGA